ACAAACACAGGUCCACAAAGGGUUAAAAAGUUGACGUCUAGCUAAGUACUGAGUUUCUUUACAGGCGCUAAGUCUGAAGAGCACUUCAAAGAGAGAUUCUCACAUCAUCACACAGUCACUCACCAAUCAAACCACAGGCGAACAAACUAAGAUGUUGAGCUUUUUGUAAUCGAUUUAUUCUACUUGGAGGCGAAAUAAAACUUUAAUCAGAACAAAGUGCCGUAAACAAGACGACACGAGACGGUCCAUAUCGCGCAAGACGAGCGAGGAGUCGCCUCCGUCCAUCAAGCAGGAUGCUGCGAGGACUCGCACCUUCAUACUGAUCGGACGGGCGUCGUGAGGCGUCGCUGCAUUUACUCGGACACUACUUUUAAAUAAAACCGAUUGAUAACACAAGACUUUCUCCUUCCGAACAUAACAUUUAUUAAUAUCCUGACGCCCGUGGGACCUUCUUCAGUUACAACGUCACUUUUCAACAUGAUCAACAUAUUUUGUCAAGGGUAGUUAAUAGCAAUGGCACUUUUUUGUCCUGAACCCUGUGAACUGGAUAUUUGCCUCUUCCACCUCAAGUAAAAGUCGAAGAUUAUUCUCUGUAGUCAAGAUGCAGUUUCUUUCAGCUCUUCUGCUGCUUUUGUGUUUGCACAAGUUUUGUUGGAAGGUGACGUGCAGAAGAGUCCAGAUUCCUGAGGUGGGCCUGGUGAAAUGGGGAGAAGCUGAAAACGAGGAGAACCCCUCCCCCAAAAGCAUCAGCCCUCGCGUUCUCAACCCCUUGCGCCUAUUCGCCCGGGGAUCCCCAGGGCUCAAGAGCGACAUGAGAGAGAUAACGUAUUUGGAAAACAUAGAGGACUCCUGGGACUGGUUAUCUAACCAGACAGAUGUUAGAGAGGGGAAGAGCAGGACUAGACGCAGACCUAUCGUUAAAACUGGCAAGUUUAAAAAAAUGUUCGGCUGGGGAGACUUCAACUCCAACAUCAAGACUGUGAAAUUAAACCUCCUCAUUACAGGAAAGAUAGUGGACCAUGGAAAUGGCACAUUCAGUGUUUACUUCCGACACAACUCUACGGGCCUGGGGAACGUCUCCGUCAGUUUGGUGCCACCUUCCAAAGUGGUGGAGUUUGAGAUCGCCCAGCAGUCGACGCUGGAGACCAAAGACUCGAAAUCGUUUAACUGUCGUAUUGAGUAUCAGAAAACCGAUCGCAGCAAAAAGACAUCGCACUGCAGCUUUGAUCCGUCCAACGUGUGUUACCAAGAGUCCACCCAGAGCCACGUCUCCUGGCUCUGCUCGAAACCCUUCAAAGUCAUUUGCAUCUACAUCGCCUUCUACAGCGUUGACUAUAAACUGGUACAAAAAAUCUGCCCAGAUUACAAUUAUCAUAGUGACACACCAUACGCCUCCACAGGUUAACUUUCGGUCAAGACGAGCUUGGGUCUUCAACAGUGAUGUUUCUGAGAAUCUAAACAGAGCAUGGUUCAUCCCUUUACUACCUGGUGGCAUCAAACUUAAUUUUAACCAUGUGUUUUAUCUGAUUGAAAGCAUAUAAAAUACAUCCAGAUAUUUUGAAUUAGGCUAAACUCCUGGCAUGUGCUUUUUUUGUGAUGAACAGUCACAAUAUUUUACUAGCAAAAUAAUUGAAUCAUUUAUUUUGGGCUUUUAAACAAAACACCACCCAUCCUAAACUCAAAAACAAAAUGCUGCAUUGGUUGAGUAAAAUAUGGAAAAACUCAACCACUGGUUUAAAUUAACUUAGAAAAUGUCUAGAUCUGAAACAACCCAGCAUUAUUUUUUGCAGUUGUUCAGUUUGGCCUGUGGAAAGUCAAAACUAAACAAAUCUGCCGCUUGUCAAACUACUAAAUCCCCAGGAUAGAGUAUAUACAUAAAACACCUUUCAUUGUGAGGUUUGUGUGUGUUUGUUAGUAUGUACAGUAUGUGUGUUAUAUAUGGGAUUUGGCCUUUCGUUUCACAGUUGUUUAGCACUAAAUUGUGGAAACUUUUUCAAUGCGAUGAGCACCCAUGGCGAGUAAAAUUAGAGGUACAAUUGGGUCGAAUCAUUUAGCAAAGACAUCACAUUCAAAUUACUCUUAGUCAUUUCGUAUUUCACAAAAGAUCUAUGUAUGAAUUGAAAUUUGUGUUUAAUUUCAAAGAGUAAUUUGCGAUGUCUCACGAGAGCACAAUUCAUUGGACAGGUGGAUUUAGUGAAUCUGGCAGCCGGUUAACAACCCUUUGUCAUGGUCUCGCCACAGAGAUCCACAUUUCCAGGCUCUAAUUAACAUUAAUUAUAGUGGAAAAUUUCAUUUACAAACCAUGACAGAUGGGACAGAAGCCAAAAACCGAAAUUUAGCACGUCACUCAUAGCUCUAUUUACACUUGUGACUUUGGGCUGGAAUCGAACAUGAAGGUAUUUAUUAUUUAAAUCUACUUAUUUUUUUAUUUGAAAUAGUAUGUAGAAAGACAUUGAACUAACAUACUAUGGUGUUUUUCAUUGCAUUAUAUUCAGUAUAUCACAAUGAACCAGUUGAAAUGCCAUAGUCUGAACAUCAGUACUGGACUUCUCAGGUUCCAUGUGUUUUCUGCAAAUAGAUUUCAACAGACGUUCCAAUUCAUUUCAUUCCUGGCAUAUCAGGAGUACAACAAAAUCAGAGGGAUAAUUGUAUCGAUAAAUCUGCACCACUGUCUUGCCAAACGUGAUUUAACAUCAAGAAAAUGUUGAUAUAAAGAUAGUUGUUUAUAACUGUAUUUAGUUUAUAAUUCAGCGUGCAAUUUUGUGAAUAGUGUAUAAAUGUGACAAUAUAAAACCGUGUGUAUUUUGACUUUCACAGAUAAACUAGUUUCUUUUAUCUGUUAAUGCAGUGUAAAAAACUUUUCCUACUUUAUGUGUUUGAAGGUUAUAUCAGAUAGAUUUAGAUUUUAGUCACCUAGCUUGUAACUGCUUAAAUUUCAAAAUCAAAAUGCAAAUUGUGCUUUUUGUCCUCAAUAUCUCUGUAAAAUACAAGAAAACAAAGGAAAAUGCCUGUGAGGUGUCAGCCUCCUUUUUUAAUUGUCUGCUAUAGUAUGUAUUGUACAGUAUAUUUAACAAUUGAAUAUUGUUUCCCAUUAGCUUAUUCAAGGUAAAACAGCUCUAAAAACCUUAAAAUAAUAAUAAAAAAAGGCUGCAACUCAGUAUGGAAACUGUUAAAAUGUUUCAAGUAUCAAUUUCUUUAAUAAAUAGAUGCACUUACAGUACAGUUUCAGAUCUGCAAACAGAGAAAAUUAUUAUCAUCCUUAAAGAUUGUCACCCAAAAAUGAAAAUUCUGUCAUUACGUUACUCACCCUCAACCUGUAUAAAUGUCUUUUUUUUGCUGAAUACAAAGGAAUUUAUUCAUAAUGAAACAGAUACACCAGGAAAAAUACUACUAUGGAAGUGAAUGGUGCUAACGGUUUGGUUACAAACUUUGUUAGUUAUGUAGAACAAAUAAAUUAAUACAGGUUUGUAACAACAUGAGGGUGGGUAAAUGAUGUCAGAAUUUUCAUUUUUGGGUGAACUAUCCCUUUAACCCUCAUCCUAUGGAGCAAUUUGAUGCACACUUUAGCAUGUGUCUUGACUGUGGGUGAACCCAGGAAAUAAAGCCUAUAGGCCAGAAUGCCAUGUGGUUUCUAAAGCCCCCUUAAUUUUCUUCUAAACAAUGAGGGGAAAAUUACAGUAUGU